AUGACAAGUCCAACCUAUAGGAUGGAUCCGAUAGAUCAGUCAGUGGUAGCUAAAGAGGAAGAACAACAUCAGAUGGCUUCGUAUCAUGAUAUGACUGCUCAAACAAGGUCAACUGAAAUUCAAUGCUCACAGUCAGCGGCAUUCGCCUUCCCUUACUCACAUUUUGCUAUGAUGUAUAUCGACCGAAACGGAGAGCUUCAGCUGGAGGCAUCAAACUCCAUCACCGGUGGUGAAAAGAGCAUAUUCACAGAGGAGAUACAAGAUAGAUUCUUGAGGUUAGUGAACGGAGAGUGGCAGCCUCAUUUGCAGAACUUUCAUUCAGGUCUGCAGUCUUCAUGGUAUCAUCCAAGUCAACCCCGACCAGCCAGCCUCAUUCCAUGUGAAUGGCAGUCACACCAGAACAAACGACACCGACGCAACCUGAGACGCGUUGAUUCGGCUAUUGGACACGAAUGGGAGCCUUCUUCUCCUAGCCCAAGUGUAAAGCGCACAGCAAUUCGAGUUGGACAAAGGAGUCUCUUGCGCAGCUAUUACGAAAAGGCGUUCGAGUAUUUCCAACAGCUCAACUGUCGAGUUAUUGCAAAAGCCUUUGUGAAAUUAGUUGAGCCCCGCAAACAAGUAAACCACCCAUACAAUGGCCGCAAAACGACAGCCGGGUCAACGCAACGGAUGGACCCGGAGUUGACGAAGCCUAAAUGGUGGCCUGCAGGUGUUACCCAUAAGGAACCUGACCAUCUUCUCAAAGCAGAGCGAAUUCGACUUCUCGUGCAUAUUCUUUGCGAGUUAAGGGACAGCCAUGGGAUCACGGCAGACAAACUGAAAGAUGCUGGUCAAGACGUACGACGUCAGAUCCUACCAUCCACACGAUUGCAAGUCUUGGAUGAGAUUUACUAUGUCAGAGAAAUGGAGGAGCUGUAUUUGGAUGGCAAAAUUAGUGGUGAUACUAUUGUCCAUGUUUCUCAUGUUCACAUGGAUGAGGAGCUACAGGAGCUACAGGAGCAAGUGGAUAGCGAGGGUAUUCACAACACACUUGUUCCAACGAUCACGGUACAAGAGGACGUGCCUCUUCUUCCUGACACCCACUCUGUGAAUAGAUCAAAUGGGCAUAUACCAUUAACAUCCGACGACCACCGUCCUCAGUCUAUGGGGGGCCAUCCCAAAUCCAAGCGACCAGCAAACCAGGAUUGUUAUCUUCCCCUCUCGCCAGCAUCUUCUCCAUCAGUGAGCCGGAAAAGCUCUUUGGAGAGAAGCCUAUCAACCUACUCCUCCGACAUAGACCCUUCUAUGUUAUCAUCAAACCACUCCACCAAGAAUCUAACAGCUCCCAAAGGGUUCCAUUCUGGAGGAUCAUCCUCUGUGCCAGACUAUUUUGCCCAUCAGCUUAUGGCUCAAUCGACAGCCCAGAACCCGCAUUCUGGUUUCUGGAAUACUUUGCCCAAUUUCCAUGCGCAAUUGGCAUUUCCGGGGUAUUGAUUCUGGUCUCGGAUGCUAUAAGAAAUACUUGCCACAUUAUUUGCAUUAUUAAUCCGCUUAUAUAUUUCCCCAUUUCUUAUCCU